CUCGCAACCAUCUCAACUUCAGCCUGACCCAUAGCAACCUCUCGCGAUAUGUACCUAUGGACGCCACCAACAUUCCGCGACCAAGAUACCCUGUACUUUCCAGAAACGGCCGCAUGAUCGAGAUUGAAGGUGACGAACUCUACACGCCCGAAACGCUUACGGAGGAUACCGGUCAGCUCCAGGGACUACAAAUCAACCAUCUAUAUAUCAAGCAGGUAUCUUGGUCUCACGCACUCAUGUCAGGACUGGAAACUGUAGCGUCUAUCGUCGCUGUCUUGACUAUCUCUUGCCAAGUCAUAUCAGCACUCCACAACGCCAUAAAGGAACUGAGAUCUCUUCCCAAGGAGCUCAGAAAAUUAACAAGCGAGAUAACGAUCAUAGAGCAGUGUGUCGCGCAUAUUAUUGUGCUCAUCAAGGCGGACGACGAAACUUUCAAGGUCUUCCAAAGGUUUCGAUUUGCAGAGGCAAUAGGAAUUUGCGCCGAUACGUGCCAGGAAUUUCAUCGAUCGUUCUCCAAAUGGGCUUCUAGUCCCACAAAAAGUCGACGUGCUCAAGCCAAGUUGUGGUUCCACAGGAAAGACGUGCAGAGUGUUCGAGCGGAGAUAAGCAGCGCCAGAGAAACCACAAUCUUCACUGCGGUAUCAGUCCAACUGUAAGCGACACAAUCACGACUCCAUGAGCAUGAUUAGUCUGACAACAGUAGAUAUUUCCAGGUGAGAACCUCGAAAACACAUAGGGAAAAGAAGGCGGCAUACCAAAGAGCCCAAUUAGACCUCCGAGAUAUGUCUUCUCGAGCACCCGAUUA